AUGAAUAUGUCACGACGACCAACAAUUGUCGCGACCUUUAUGCAGAAGCUGCUGCUUGUCUUGCUGCUCUGUCUACCCGCUAAUGCUCUCUACGUCUUCACAUACCCGGAAAAUCACAUUAAUGGUCCUGAAAACCAAUCAGACGACCCAAUCUACCAUGUUGGUUCCACCAUAGACAUCCAGUGGAAGGAGUCACAAUCAAACACGGUUUCAAUCGCUUUGUGGCAAGCGAUCCCAAACACUGUAGGAGAAUUUGUCUGUGAACCAGCUGCUGGCCUUCAAUCGUGCGACUGGACUGUUAAGACUGCGCGAAACCUAUCAGUCUCCGACAAAUUUUUCUUUCUGAUGGGUGCUAAGGGGGAGGACAGUUACGUUGCCAAAUCGCGUCAGUUCAUAAUCAACGGAAGUUCAUCCAACGGAACCGCGACAACAACUCAGGCUCUGCCCAGCAUUUCGAAUGUAACACUUGCUUCCAGCUCUCCGAAUGGUGGCUUAAACCCCUCGACCUCAGGGUCGGGAUUAUCCUCUGGUGCCAAAGCAGGUAUGGGGGUUGGUGUGGGGGUUGGUGUGUUGGUCAUCGCUGGAGUAGCCUUCAUCCUCAUCAUCCUCAAACGGCGCCGUCGCCAACAAAGCAUUUUGGAAACCACUGAACCUAACAAUGGACCAGUUGAAGCCGGAAAUGAAGGGAUUUUUGAGGCACCGGGCACGAUGCCAGAAAUGACAGCCGAGCUUGACCAUGAGACAAGAGCGAGGCUCGCGGGAUUCAAACACAAGGUUGUGAUCGACAAGAGCGAAGGAGGGCCACAGGAACUUGAUGCAUCCGUUUAA